GAGAAAGGGGCUUCCUGCAGCUGUGAUGUCAAGGAAGAAGUCAGUAGGGCCAUUUGGCUUUCAGGAGAUUUCAAAGGCAACAGAUCGUUUUUGCAGAGCUGGCCCAGGACUUUCAUCAGAGAGUUUGAGGCAGCUGAGGAAGAGGAUUGGGAAAAGAAGCAGAGGAGGGUUGCAAAGAAGGGGUUGCAAAGAAGGAGAGGAGGCCCCCCUGUGGAGAGACCCCUAGCACAACUCUUCGAUUUUUUGGAAGUGUGCGGGAGGAGUGGUGUCCUUUCAGAUGAGAUGUCUUGCAGAGGAUACGUGGUAGGGCCAAUCAUUGACAUCACCUACAGCAAGCAGUAUGACUUGAUAUCAGACAGAGUUUUUGGAUGGUUACCUGGAUGGUUGCUUUUUAUGAUCCAGCACAAGAGGAUCAGAGCCACAGCCAUAGAACCACCGUGCACAAGCUUUUCACCAGCAGCGCGCCCGGCAGUCAGAUCUUACAAGGAGCCAAGAGGAUUUUGCAAGGAAAACCCAAAGGUUUGGGUUGGCAACAGGCUGGCUUUCAGAGGCCUGGCCCUCCUCUGGGCGGCACUUUAUGCAGAGGUCUUUGGUCUGCUGGAGACACCAAGGAGGUCGAAAAUGGUUUGGUUGCAGGAGUGGCUCUACCUCCUGACGCUAGAGGGCAUAAGAGAGGUGUCCCCUGCCUCCUGCGCUUUUGGCAGCAUCCGCCAGAAGGAAUUCCGCUUCCUCACAGCCAACACGGUCCCAGACUCUGUCAGUAGGAGGAGGGAGAUUCUGUUUUCUUCUGGACUCCUCAGUGGCCCUAUUUGCAGCUUCAAAAGGGAGGAACUCAUCAAAGGCUCAGACGAUGGACUUCGAACUGGGUCAUCCUUGUCCUUGGACUUGCUGGACAGCAUGGCUUCCUUCCGCCAAAAUUCAAUUUCACUGUAUGGCGCUGCAGACAAAGGA